AUGGUCUCAACACGAUCCUCCUCCCGCGCCCUCUCAACCGGCCCCGAAGCCUCCCCAAUCAUCCCCUCAAAAGCCCGCGCCGUCGUAACAGCCGCAACAACCCACCCCGAAAACAAAUCCACCCCGCAAGGCUGGUCCCAUGCGCCAACCUCCCUCACCUGCUUCUGGCUCCUCGUCUCCCUGCCCCUCGUCAUCUGGGACACGGGCUACGUCCUCCUCCGGCCCUGGACGAUGCCCGGCGGCCACCUCCACUGGCCCGUCUGGGCGCCCUACAAGCUCUACGGCGAGGUCGACCACGUGUACGGGUGGAAGGCCUUCAACGCCGGCAACGGCUUCACCUCUGCGCAGGGCGCGCUGAACGCCGUCGAGACGGUCAUGUAUCUCGCCUACUACUGGUUGUACUUCUCGCGAGGACGCGCCGUUGACGGGCCGGCUGGGUUGAAGAAGGUUGUUGGUGGGAAGGCGGGCGCGCUGGCUAUUGUUAUUGGGUUCAGCGCGGCUGUGAUGACGUUGAGCAAGACGGUGUUGUACUGGGCGAACGAGUACUUCUCUCGUUUUGACAAUAUUGGCCACAACCCCCCUCUGGACCUCCUCUUCCUCUGGAUCAUUCCCAACGGCGCAUGGCUUCUCGGCUCAGGCUACAUGAUCCUCUCCAUGGGCGGCGAGAUCGUCGACGGGCUGGCCCUCGCGUCAAAGACGACCAAGACUGAGUAA